AUGGCUGCGGUUUUUGGUAAUGGCGGACAACCAGGACAGUUUCCGCUAGAGCAAUGGUUUUAUGAGAUGCCUCCUUGCACGCGGUGGUGGACAGCUGCCACCGUGGUCACCUCCGUUUUGGUGCAAUGCGAGGCCUUGUCUCCAUAUCAAUUAUUCUACAGUUUGCCGGCAGUAUAUUUGCGAUCGCAGUAUUGGCGUUUGAUUACGGCGUUUCUAUACUUCGGCCCCCUCAAUCUCGACCUUAUAUUCCACGUCUUCUUCCUACAACGGUACUCGCGCCUCCUUGAGGAAUCAUCAGGCCGGUCCCCCGCAUAUUUUUCCUGGCUCCUCUUCUACGCCAUGAGCUCGCUGCUGAUUCUGUCGCCGUUCCUGUCUCUGCCGUUCCUCGGCCAGCCGCUUUCUUCUAGUCUGGUGUACAUCUGGAGUCGGCGGAAUCCAGAUACGCGAUUGAGUUUCUUAGGCCUGUUGGUCUUUACUGCGCCGUACCUCCCAUGGGUGCUGAUGGUCUUUUCGCUCUUUGUGCAUGGGACCAUCCCCAAGGAUGAGAUCUGUGGUGUCAUUGUAGGGCACAUAUGGUACUUCUUUUCCGACGUGUAUCCAUCGCUACAUGAUGGACAUCGACCUCUAGAUCCACCGGCUUGGUGGAGGAGGCUCUUUGAAGGUAGUGGCGAGGACACGCAGGCUGCGAAUAUCAAUCAAGACAUUGCAGCGGCAGCGGCGCCUGAGGUGCGGUAG